UGUCCGUCAGUAUAAAUACGACCAUGGCGGGGUGUGGGGGUCGUGCAAGCGAGCCUCAAAUUCUUAACUAUUGGCGAGGAGUGUUUCGUCUGGGGGUGAUAAGACCUCGCGGGCGUGUUCCCCUGUGGUACCCAAGGAGGAGUCCAGGCCGCCGGGGUCACCGUGUGCCGAGGAAACGCCGGAGAAACGUUUAUGUGUGUGUAUGGGCGUGGAGGGAAAGGCGGCGGGGAGCACAGUGUUAACUUGUCUAUUUUGUCCCCUUGGAGGGAUGAGGAAGGGGUUGACGUGCUGUCCCGUGCCCCUUGAGGUCCCUGUGAAGGCGAUCAAGCUGCCACCAUAAAUCUAUGACUUUAAAAUACUGGACACUAAGGAGCGGUGUGUCAGCCAUCUGUGUGGGAAGUUGUGUGGCCUGACGGAAAUUUUGUGUGUGUAUUUAGUAACCCCGAGGACCCCCAGGGAGCACGCCAAGGGUUCCUGCAGUGGCGUUCAUCCCGCAGGAGGAAUAUGUCAACGAGACUUGACCGGCUGUUUGUCCUGCUGGAGAAUGGUGGGUCUGGGGUGACACGAGGGGCUGCAGCACAGCAGCUGGGUGAAGUGGUGCGUCUACACCCGCAGGAGUUGUCAGCACUACUCAACCGCCUGCAUGGCCUUCUGCUGCACAAGUCCUGGGAUGUGAGGAUAGCAGCUGGCCUGGCAGUGGAGGCCAUCGUCAGCAAUGUGCCACCCUGGGAUCCCGCACCCACGCCUUCCACAGGUUUGUUGGGGGAGGAGAACUCUCAGAGCGUCCCUCCUCGCCUUACUCUUCGUGCCUUCAGCAUCAACAGAGUCCUGGAGCGUGGAGCCUUCCUCAUGGCUGCGGACGAGAGACUCUUCAACACUCAGGAUGACAACAAAUCCACAGACCCUAGUGAGCAGCUGGCACAGCAGCAGCAGCUGGUCAACCAGCGUCUGGGCCUGGACUUUGCUGCGGCUUUGGGGAUGGACAUCCAGGGCAUCGUGUCCAAGGACGACCUCAAAUCAGCAGUGGCAGAACGGGAGAACAGCAGCUCUGGCAGUGGCCACAAUGGACAGGGGAAGGCCCAUUCUUUGUCACAGGACUCGGUGCUCAGCAUAGUGAGGAAAGAGAUGAAGUCAGCAUGUAUAAUGCUUAGUUCCCGGGAGCUGAAUCGCGCACGCAGGAAAGCCAAACUCAUGGCUCGCCAGAAGUCUGUUGAUGUGUCUGAACACAUUGGAGAGGAUGAGCCAGAAUGCAAAAGACAUUGUGGUGAGGACAAUGCCAUAGCAUCAGCAGCAGGCAGUGAUGAUGAAGACUGCAUGGUGGUGGACGAAGGCGUUCCGGCACCCUUAGCAGAGGAGGGCUGUGAAUGGCCUCUAGAUGCCUUCUGCGACACCCUAGCAGCUGACCUGUUCAGUGUGUCUUGGGAGACGCGGCACGGGGUGGCCACGGCGCUGCGGCACAUUAUCAGGGUCCAAGGUCGUGGGGGAGGCAAGGCCACAUACCACACCAAGCAGCAGAUGGAGGAGAGUCAUCAGGCCUGGCUGGAGGACCUGGCAGUGAGGCUGGUGUGUGUGCUGGCCCUGGACCGCUUCGGUGACUUUGUCUCGGACCAAGUGGUGGCCCCUGUGAGGGAGACAUGUGCACAGACCUUGGGUAGCAUCGUGCACCUGAUGGGGGAGGAAGGGGUGUAUGGCGUGGUGGGUCUGCUGGAGGAGAUGCUGUGUCGCCAGGAGUGGGAGACGCGUCAUGGAGGACUGCUGGGCCUUAAGUAUCUCCUUGCUGUGAGAGAGGACCUACACACGUGCCUCUUGCCUCGCUCAUAUCCACACAUCUACAGAGGGCUCUUGGAUGAAAUGGAUGAUGUGGUUGCCGUGGCUGCAUCGUGUCUGGUCCCUGUGGCAGCCAGUGUGGUAGAGAAGUUGGAGUCCAGUACAGUUGGCUGCCUUGUGGCCACACUCUGGGAUGCUCUGAUGGACAUUGAUGACCUGACGUCUUCCACGGGUUCUGUCAUGAUGCUGCUGGCCAGGCUCAUGGCUCACCCAGCCUGUCGUGAGAGCAUGACCAGUGACCUGAGCCAACUGGUGCCAAGACUGUGGCCUUUUCUCUACCACAGUAGCAGUGUUGUACGUGCUUCAGCGCUCAAAACACUUGACACACUCACUGCAUGUGCUGGCUCAACCAUCCCCACCACCACCACCACUGCAGCGCCUCAGGUUUCCACUCAACACACCACUGCCAUCACUUCUACACCACAAUCUGAUACCACCACCACCACUUCAAGUAGCACUACCACCACCAUUACCACUGAAGAGUCACAGUUCUCCACCUCCACUGCACCACUAGAUUCUGACACCACCUCCACUACCACUAUAAUUGUACCCACUACCACCACCACACAGAUAGCAGACUCUGACACGACCACAAACUUGCAUUCUCCUGCCUCCGUCACUGCCGUCGAAGAGAAGAUUGUGCAUGAGAAGGGUUGUGAGUUGUGUGUGCAAAAGGAGUGCAAGCAUGAAGAGGAAAAGUUUGAGACCAAGCAAGGGAGUGGUGGGGGGAUCGUAAUACAGAAGAAAGUGGAAUAUAUUGAUAGAAAAGAAGGCUUGGAGCUGAAACAGGAAAGUGAGAUCAAGAGUGAAGACAACGCUGUGUCCUCCAGUGUCAAAAGUGAGAAUGGUCAACUUGAUGAUGAAAAGUGUUGUACAAAGUCUGUCAGUAGCUGUGUGGAUGUGAAGUGUUCCUGGCUGCCACCUAUCAUCCAACAGCUGCUCACCCACGUCUACCAGCGUGCACUGCUGGAGGAGUCGGAUGAAAACCUCCAGCUUGUCUUCAAGAUCUGGACGCAGGCCCUGGCGUGUGUGCCCCUCUCUGAAGUGCUGCCGGCCGUGUGUCCAUUGGUGUCGCAGUGGUUGUGUCUGUCCAUGGCCAAUCCUAAGGUGCCCCUUGACCCCUCGCUGCUGCUCCUCGCCCACCACAGCAAGUCUGGCGAAGGACGCAAGGUGAGGAUCGGAGGAGACUCGACAGAGCGUGUGGACACCAAGUAUUUCCUGGGAGGGUGUGACCAGUACAACAACACCACAGAGAGACAGCGGGUGGUGAUGAGGGCGAGGUGUGCUGCAGCCAGACUGCUGGGCUCCCUCUCAUGUGUCGUGAGCCAGCCAAUGCCGGGCUUGGAAUACCCCCAAGACCAAGGUCCAAUGGAAUGUUACGUCAGGCUCCUCGAGGCUCACCUGGCCUCUCGCUCGGCUCUGCAGCGCUUUGGGGCCGGUGCAGUGGUGAGGGCCUGGGCCGCCACACGCCCCCCGUACUCCUGCCCCCCUUCCCUCCAGAAGGCACUGCACACCUGCCUCAGUGAAGUGGUCUACUAUGAUGAGAUAGCACUCUCCUUCACCAGGCUACAACAGGAAACACAGGACUUCAUGGCCAUGCUGAGACACUACAAAUUGCCCCUUGAUCCUGCCCUCACAGCAUCUCCUGUCUUAACCCUCAAUCAGAUUCAGACACUGAGCGGGCACACUGCACUCACACUGUUUGCCCUGGGCCGCCUCCGCCCCAAGGUGUUGGCAACGCUGGAGGAAAGACGGAAGACUAUACAGAGCAGUGUGUCUCAGACCUCCAGUGACCAGCUCACUCUGGCAACCAUGACCCAGGCAGUGAUUGCUGGUUCCGUUGUCCUGUUUGACGCUCUGCCGGGCAAGCUCAACCCCGUCAUUAAGCCUCUCAUGGACAGCAUCAAGAAGGAGAAGAAUGAAAAGUUGCAAGCCAUGUCAGCAGAAGACCUCACCCACCUGCUGGAAAUGUGUGUAGCAUGGUCAAGUGGACCAAACUCAAAAGUCAUUAAAAACUUGGCCAACUUCCUGUGUGUGGACCAAGAGUACACGCCAAAGGCCUCCCAACAAGUUGAUAUGGAGGGGAAUGUAGCCAAGGAGACUGACCAUUGCCUCCAUCAUAUACUCUCUCUCUCAUCACAACUCAAGUCAACAGAGCGUCAGAUGGUGCAGCGGUCUUCCUCGCUCUCCGGCCGUCCUCCGGGUCGACCACCUGCCAAUGCCAAGAAAGAGGACCCAGCAGAGUUGACAGAAGCCAUCAUGGAGGGCGAGCAACAGCAUGCAGCUGAGGUGCAACGACGUGGCUGUACCUUUGCGCUGCAGAACAUUGCCCGCCACUUUGCUUCAGACCUGCCUCAGAGGUCACCUCAGCUGUGGCAAAUGAUAAUUGGUCCACUGGCCACCAUCACCACCAGGACUGGUCCCCUCAAGCCUAGGCCACCAUUGCCUGAGGAAGGCCAUGCACCUCUCCCAGGUCCUGAGGAGUGUGACAGGGAAGCCCUGCCCUCCAGUGCAGUGCCACCAGUACAGAGUACUGGGCCAGAGAUCACCAAGUCUGACAGUGAACAAAUGGACAUCAGCACAGGGCCCCAAAAGUCAGGCAGUAUGGCCAUGAAGCAGGAUGCCAGCAGCCUAAAGAGUCCCCAGGAGGCUGUCAACUGGCUACAGCUGGUGGAGGUUGUGGUGCCAGCACUCCACAUUACACUGGUGGAGCAGUUUGGGCAGCAGGCAAGGAUGCUGGAGUCCUGGCUGUACCACGAGAAUGCAGCCGUGCGGCACAUGGCUUCACGGGUCCUGGGAGCCCUGGCCAUGGUCCUGCCUGUGGCCACUCUCACACAGAUAGUGGAGACCGUGGUGCCCCAGCUGGCUAGCAUCCACUGUAAAGUCCAGCGGAGGGGGGCAGUGGAAGCCAUCCACUGUGUCAUCCAGAAGCUUGGCUUUGAUGUUGUGCCUUACAGUGUGAUGCUGGUGGUGCCUUUGUUAGGGAGUAUGAGUGACCCCGACACCAGUGUGAGACUCACUGCAACCCUGUGCUUUGCCACGCUGAUCCGGCUGCUUCCGCUGGAGGGAGGCAUUCCAGACCCGCCCUCGCUGAGCCAAAGGAUGGUGCUGCAGAAGAAACAGGAGAGGGAGUUUUUGGAGAGGCUUCUGGACCCUGCCAAGAUUCCUGAUCACAUAGUUCCAGUGCCCAUCCGUGCUGAACUCCGGAGCUAUCAACAGAGUGGUGUUAACUGGCUGGCCUUCCUGAACCAGUACAAGCUUCACGGCAUCCUGUGUGAUGACAUGGGACUCGGCAAAACCCUGCAGUCCAUCUGUAUCCUGGCCAGUGACCACUAUAGGAAGGAGAGGGACAGAGCAGAGUUAGGUGAAGGUGGUGACAGUGGAGCUGAUGGUGGUGAUGGCCAGCCUCCACCUAUCCAGUCUUUGGUGGUGUGUCCGCCCACCCUCACAGGCCAUUGGGUGUACGAGGUGGAGAAGUUUGUGGAUCAGGAACACCUCAAUCCACUCCACUACACUGGACCCCCAACAGAACGCUACAGGCUGCGGCGGUUCUUCUCGGAGCACAACUUGGUGGUUGCUUCUUACGACAUUGUAAGGAAUGACAUUGACUUCUUCUCCCUCAUCAAGUGGAAUUAUGUGAUCCUCGACGAGGGACAUGUCAUCAAGAACAGUAAAACCAAGUCCUGCCGUGCCAUCAAGCAGCUCACUGCCCAGCACCGCUUGAUCCUGUCUGGCACGCCCAUCCAAAACAGCGUCCUGGAGCUGUGGUCACUCUUUGACUUCCUCAUGCCUGGCUUCCUGGGCAGCGAGCGGCAGUUCAUGGCACGCUACUCCCGCCCCAUCCUGCUGGCCCGGGACCCCAAGAGCUCCAGCCGGGACCAGGAGGCUGGUGUCCUGGCCAUGGAGGCCCUGCACCGCCAGACGCUGCCGUUCCUCCUGCGCCGCACCAAAGAGGAUGUGCUCAGUGACUUGCCUCCAAAGAUUACGCAGGACUACUACUGUGAGCUGAGUGCACUACAAGAGGAGCUGUAUGAGGACUUUGCCAACACCCAAGCCAGCCAGAGCAUCAGUGACACUCUGCACACUGACAGAAGCAUCAGCAGUGGCAGCCGCCGAGAGGAUGCCAGCGGGCCUGCAUCAAGGCUUCACCAAACACAUAUCUUCCAGGCACUGCAGUACCUGAGGAAGGUGUGCAACCACCCCAAGCUGGUACUGAAGGCUUGUCACCCAGAGUUUGAGCGCAUUACAUCCAAGCUGAAGAGCUGCAACUCCUCUCUGUCCGACAUCUCCCACUCAGCCAAGCUUCUUGCCCUCAAACAGUUGCUGUUGGACUGUGGCAUAGGCAGCGGCAGCAAUGCCAACAGCAGUGAUAGUUCCAUAGUGUCACAGCACCGAGCCCUAGUGUUCUGCCAGCUGCAGGGGAUGCUGGACAUCAUAGAAAAUGACCUCCUCAAAGCUCACAUGCCAAGCGUCACUUACCUUCGGCUGGAUGGGGCAGUGCCGGCAGGGGCGAGGCAUUCCCUGGUGCGGCGCUUCAACAGUGACCCGUCCAUCGACCUGCUGCUCCUCACCACGCAAGUCGGGGGUCUCGGCCUCAACCUCACCGGUGCUGAUACGGUCAUCUUUGUGGAGCAUGACUGGAACCCCAUGAGAGACCUUCAAGCAAUGGAUCGCGCUCACCGCAUCGGGCAGAAAAAUGUGGUGAACGUGUACCGCCUAGUGUCUCGCGGCACACUGGAGGAGAAGAUCAUGGGGCUCCAGAAAUUCAAGAUGAUGACAGCCAACACAGUGAUAAGCCAGGAGAACUCCAGUCUCAUGAGCAUGGGAACCAACCAGCUGCUGGACUUGUUCAUGUUUGAUUCUGGGAAGUCUGGCGGCAGUGGCGGUGGUGUAGGCCAAGAGUCUUCCUCCGGCACCCCCACCACUACCACCUCACACAUACUAGGUCUUGGCACAGCAGGAGCCAAAGCAGUCCUGGAAAGCUUACCUGAUCUGUGGGAUCAAGAUCAGUAUGAGAAUGAAUAUAACCUGGACUCCUUUAUGUCAGCCCUCAGAAGGUCUACACCCAGCCAUGUCCUGAAACCCUAAAAACUUUAGCUGGGUGCUUAGAGUUAUUGCUGGGUAAGUAAUCAGUCAUCCAGCCAGCCAUCAUUACACUACUCAACUUCACCUAACCUAUCUGAACCCAUCAUAGCCCAGCUUGCCCUACCAUAACCUAAUUCAACUCACAAAUCACUUGUAGGAUGAUGAUUGGAGGUACUGCUGGAGUUAUCAAUGAGUUUUGCUUUACCAUUCCACUAAACACAAUACACCUCUCAUCCAUACUGCAUCUGUACACUUCUUCAUUCCUCCUUUGUAUACCUACCACACCCUGCCCCAGAAUGACUCAUACACCUUCUUCACAGAAUCACCAUUUUGCAUAUUCAUUACAUGUCCAAGCCAUUUCAAUGCAUCAUGCUUUACCCAUUCCACACACUACACCUCUUGCUCUCUGCUACAUACCACAUAUCUUGUACACCUUUUCAUUACUCAUACCAUCCCACCUUGUUACACCAGAUACUCUCCUCAGGUAACUCAUUUCUACUUCUCAUAACCUUGUCUGUACAGACUCAUUCCCUGCCCAUGUUUCAGAAGCUCUAUGUCAAGUUAGUAGAACUGUAUUAUUCCUUAAUAAUAUAUUAUUCUAUCCUUUUAUCUCUAUAUACAUUCCUUGUAAUACCAUCUUAGCUGUGUUUGCUCAGCCAGCCGUCUUCAUAUCUCUUGAUAUUUGUGAUUCUGUUUCUUGUCAAGAAGUCUUAUGGUGGAUUGGCUUGGCCUACAGUGUGUGGAUUCACUCAGCACAAGUACAUAGCAUUGUCAGUUCCUGUGCUGAAAGACAAAGACCUGGAACCCCGAGGUUUGGCAUUGUAGGAUGGGUGGGGCGUUGCAUCUCCCUGGCGUAUGCCCCAAUUGAUUGAUUGGUCCUGUUUUUAUGAACAUAUGAGUCAUUGAAGAUCCUGAACCAUGAAUAUGUGAAGGACUUCAUGUAACCUGAAAAAUAAAAGUAAUGGAGAGGGACUUUUGAACUUUGCUGGUUUGACUGGAGAGUAAGUGUGGAUGUGGCCCAUUUCAAUGAUUAGGCUUUACUUUGUCCAUCUCAUGGGUUAUUACUUCCAAGGUGUGGUACUAUAGACCUAUCCCCAUCCCUUGUUCCACAGGGGAGGGGGCCUUGCUAAUGUAUGCUUGUAUAAGAUAAGAGAGAAUGAAUGAAAAUACUGAUUAACUCUUGCAUUAGGAAGUUGAAUUGUUAUCAUUAUAUCUUUUGGCAAACUAGCCAUUCUGUUAUCUUUCUGUUUAUAUGUGUGAGUCUAGCCAUCAUCAAAACCCUUCCCACAUUAUAUAUAUAUAUAUAUAUAUAUCUAUAUAUAUAUAUAUAUAUAUAUAUAUAUAUAUAUAUAUAUAUAUAUAAAUAUAUAUAUAUAUAUAUAUAUAUAUAUUUUCUGUCUUAGUGUUGCCUUUAUUAUGUGUUAUUUUGGUUCUAUAUUAUUGGGACAGAAGGUCAGACAAUCUUGAACGUCCAUUGUGAUAUAGAAAUUUUAAGUAGUACAGGUCAGGCCAUGAAGUGGACAGAUGCAUGCCACAGCUCUCUUGGAAAGGUCAGACCUCAAGAACAGAAGAGAAUGGCAAUAAGACUAAUACUAGAUACAUGUAAAUAGUUUGUAAUUAGUAGGUAAAUAUUGCAGAGGUAGACCAGGAAAGACAACGUGUGUAUUAUUACCUCUGAUUUCAUUGUAAAUAUAGUACAUAGUGGUUGAUGAUGCAACAUAUUACAACAUAGGGUCUACAUGUUAAAACAAUUCACGUCUCAGGGAAAGUAAAGCUGUAAGAAUA